AUGGGCACCCCCGUCACCACUCUUUACGUCCACAAGCCAGAACGCGGCGAUGUCGCUAACGAUGUUCCUCCAAGAUUCGAGCUCUUCCUCCUCGGCGACGGCGAGAAGAAAGUAACCUGGGCUCCCGAAACCCGUGUCCCCGAUGCAGCCGUCUUUACCUUCAACAAGGAAGACCACACCCUCGCCAACCUUCUCCGCGCCAAACUUGCAAAGUCACCAAACAUCUUGUUCUCCGCCUACAAAGUCCCUCACCCUCUGUUCGCAACCUUUGAACUGCGUGUCCAGACCGAUGGAUCCCUCACUCCCAAGGACGCCGUCAUCAGAGCUUGUGGAGAUCUGAUUCAAGAGCUGCAGAGAUUGGACCAGGAGUUCACAAAGGAGUGGGAGCUCAAGAAGAUUGCUGGUCAAGGUCGCGAUGGACUUUGA